AUGGGCUUAGCGCAUAAAUCCGAGGAAUAUAUAAUGUACGGCAACUACCUAAUUCCUAAAGGUUCUUAUCUUCUGCCAUCUCUCUGGUGGUUUUUGAACGACCCCAAAGAGUACCCAGAUCCAAGUGAAAUUGCUUUUGGUUAUGGCCGAAGAUCUUGUGCUGGUCGUUUCUUUGCGGAUCAAAGCGUCUAUAUCACAGUAUUUCAGCUCUUAGCCGCAUUUGACAUUCGAAAGGCUAAAGAUGUUCAUGGCAACGAGAUUCCGGUCGUUCUUAAGGCUAUUCCUGGAAUGGUUAAUCGCUCUGCUCCCUUUGAGUUCAAGCUCGAGCCUCGGAGUCAACAUCAUAUAGAGCUUCGUCGCAUUGAGUCUGAGCAGCCACCUGAGAUUAGCCAUGCGAGCUUAUUUAACGUGAGUACAGUCUGA